GGAAGGGAAUGUCUGGCCACGCUCUUAAGGAUUCGCUCUGCCUUCAGCCGAACUGAAAGAACAUUGCCGCUUACAUUCCUUUUUUUCUUCUUUUUUUAGUACAGUUUUUAAAGCUUUUUAUAUAUUUAUUUUCAUUUUUAUUUUCAUGGGUUCCUUUGCUUCCCCCGCUUCCUUCGGCGCCUCAGCUCCCUUUCAGCCUGAAUCCGCGUUUCUAGUUUCAAACCCAUACUGUCGUACUCACACUCUGGCUCCGAACCUGAUUCCAAAGCCCUGCUAGGGGCUUGCAUUUGUCUGGUUUGCUUUCAUUUCAAAGUAUUGGAGUCUGUUGCUUUUCGUCUUGUGAAUCUGCCAGUUUGUGGUGGUCAGCUGCAACGGCUGUUUCUCCUUCUUUUCUUCUAUAUUUUAAAAAAUACUCUUUUUUUUAUUUUCGUUUAUUUUUUUUCGUCUCGCCGUGAUUGUAGCAGAGGGGUUGUUUUGUGACAUGGCUGAUUCGUAGUGGUUUUGGUCGAGAGAGGUGCAUCGUCACAUCGCUGCUUCUUUGAAUCUGGAGCUAUAACGAGGUUUUGUGAUUGUAGGGCUGGCGGUGAUGACUUGUUGGUGAGGGGUAGCUUUGUAUCUGUGAUCCGGUUUCCUCCGGGAGCCAGACCCUGCUGUUUCUCAGCCAUUAUUUGGAGUUGUUGUUGCUGUUGUUGUGGCCAUUGUGGGUUGAAGAUGUUCGACGGAGCCAAACGAGGUCUGCGAAGGAGUGGCACAGAAGGAGCGAUUAAAGGAGUUCCAGGACAGUGUAGAAUCAUUCAUCAGCAACAGAGCAUAGUGCAGGGUUGGUUUCUGUAGCUAGUGUAUUUCUUCGAAGGUGUGAGUUUAGCAGCCUAGCUGCUGCAUUUCAAUAGGCGUUUGUACGGGCGAGAGGAGGAGCGUGGGUUGAUUAUUAUCUGCAGGGGCGAAGAAUACAGGUUAGGAAUUUCUUUCAUAUGAAUCGCGGUUGUUCAGGCGUGCGAGACAUAGUUCCUUGGAGAAAAAUGUGGUGGGCCGUACUUCAGGUUUUCGGAAGUUGGUGAUUUAAUCUACAGCAGACUGGGUCAGGAAUUGGAACAUUUACUUGGAGCUGUCUUGCGAGCUCAUUCAGGAUGGGGAUAUGUUUCCCGAAAGCCGCUCAACCGAAAUACAAGGACGAGCCUUUAAAUCCAAAACCUUCUGCGGUGGUUCCUACGUCGUCUUCCCCAAUUUAUUGCGAAGAAACUCCCGAGCCCCUUGCUCCGAGUACCCCUACUCAUGAGCAUUCAUACUCGGAAGCUGAGAGUAAUCUUCCAAGAGUGCAGCUGAUAGGAGAUAUGUUGUGUCCUUUUACUCUGCGUGUACAAAUUGCACUGCAAUUUAAGGGUGUCAUCGUGGAUCCAACCUGGCUGACUCCUGUAGACCUGACCAACCCCAAGUUAGUAAAUGCUAGUCCUAAUGGGAAGUAUCCCGUUUUGCAUUAUGGUCUUCAUAAACUCAGUGGAUCAACAGAUGCUAUGCUGGAUUACAUAGAGGAAACCUUCGAAGACCCCACCUUGAUCCCUAAGCCUGUGGAAACGGAAGUAAUGCAGUGGGUAGCAUUCAUUCGAGAUGAACUUACUCCAAUCGUGGGGCAGCUUUUGUACGAUGGCAGUCCUCUUGUGCAGCAAGAAUUAGAGUCAAAACUGGAGUCUUGUUUUAUGAAGCUAGAUAGUGGUAUAUGGGAGCAUGGGAAGCAGGGUCGAUUCUUUUUUGGUAAUCAAUUCACACUAGUAGAUGUCUAUCUUAUUCCCAUCCUUCUCUUAGUCGACGUAGCCAAGUUCUUCCGCGGUAUUGAAAUCUCGACCUUGCACUCUCAUCUGCUGGCUUACAGUCGAGCCAUGCAUUCGUUUCCCAACUAUGCUCCAGUGAGGGUAAAUACAGAACUACUAAAAGGAGCCGUGGCAAAGACUCUUGUGGAGAGGGCACCAUCACCCUUGAUAGUGAUGACUGUGCUACAGCAUAGGAGCAUUUUGUGGCACUUAGAGAGGCUUGUAGUCUUGGCUGAUGGGCUGCCCGUGGACAAACUUGCCAAUGAAGACUCUGGAAGACGCGGAGUGGCAGGGAAACAGAUGCAGCUGCUAUGGAAGAUGUACGGGCGAUCACUGGACUUGAUGCAAGAGCAUGCUCAGAUGGAGGAGAGGGUCAUUUUCCCUGCAAUAGAGUCCACUGAGGAAGGUAUGAGCGAGUGCGCGCUUGCAGAUCAUGCUCGGGAUCUCCCGGUGAUGAAUGGUAUCCGUGAGGACAUAAAGGGUGUAAUGGCUCUGGAGCAGGGUUGCUCUGACCAUCUAGAGGGCUUGCAAGCUGUGGUUAAACGGCUGCACAUUCUUCAAGAAAACAGCGUGGAGCACUACCAUGAAGAAGAGAGGGAUUUAUUACCGCAGCUGAAUGCAGCUGGACUUGGCAACAAGAAGCAGGAGGAGCUGGUCACACAAAGUAUUGCGGUGAUGGAGGAGACUCAUGGGAGAUUAUUGCCUUUCUUCCUGCAAGGGUUGGAGCCUCAUGAAAUCAGUCAAUACUUUGGCCUCCUCCACAGUUUAUUUGAUGGAGGCAAAAGCCGAGUAUUCACAAGAAUGUCUUUCUGUUUGAAGAAUGCUGACGAAGAAUUCAAAGAAGUGUGCAGAGUGGCUCAAGCAAAGAUGACGGAGCUUGCAAACCCCUCCAACGAAAAGACUGUCGGAUUGUAGUGCCAUCUUAAGGAAUGAGCUUCUGAUCACUUUGUUGUACUAUGUAAAGUUGGGUUCUUCAAGGUUUUGAUGGAUAUCAAUCAACUGUACGAUCUGAAAAACACGGGCUCCUCCUACCUCGGCACAAUUUUGAUUUUCAGCUGGGUGGCGAUCAGCGGUUAUAGGCUGUUCUUGUCUUCCUCGCCCCCAAUCGGGUGCUCUGUCUCUACUCCUCUUCUAUUUACUGUGGAGUGGUCUAUAAGGGAUUUUGAUCGGAAACCUCUUCGUCACCUGUAGUGUACUAUUAGGUCCAGGUAAAGGUAGUCUUGAACUCAUCAGUGGUAAAAUAGUAGGUGGCUCUUACAUGGGUCAAUAUCUAGUGUAAUUGCCCGGUUUCUUGGCAACGUUGUUGGUAAAGGAUUCUUGUGAUAUCUGUUAAAUGUCAACAAGUGUUGGUGGGAUGCUGAGUUAACCGUUACAUUCAUUUAUUAAGGAGUCCCUUGCCUUUCAUUUAGGCACUGUAGAGCACUGGGAUUCUAUCUUCAGUUUAUGAUAAUGUCAAGAUUUGAGCCGUAAGCUUAUUAUCGAAGGUCUCUUGUCAAGAUAUUAGCUCUUGAAGGGAUUCAGUUUUUGCUCAGCACACGUGAAGUGUGGGCAUCCUGUGCUCAUGCUUUUUCAGCUAUGAAAAGAAAAUCGUUUUAUUUUGGUGCUCAA